AUGACUCCUAUGAUUAGUGAGGAAACUAUUGAGCUCANNNNUUUCCUCAACGCAGAUGAUGCUACUCUUGCAGCGCUGGCGAGUUCUCCUCAUAAUACGCCUUCUUCUGGCACGGCAAUUCCGGCGACUUGUCGAUCGCCUAGUGCGGGUCUGGGAUUGUCGCCAUCGCACAGUCCGGGAGGGACCAACGGCUCGUGGGAAGAGGAGUUGCUGUCGGCGCCUCCACCGUACUUCACGCUGAAGGAUGCGAGUCCGCAGGCUAGUGCAGUUAUCACGCCGAAAUCACCGGGAAGGAGGGCAUCGGAUGCUGAUCAAGCCCAGACUGUUGUGGAAAAACAACAGAAGGUUAUCUCGCCGAGCAAUCGGUCGAGUCCCAAGUCUGGGGCUUCUGGUCAGCUCACUGUGACGGGCUCAGAGUCGGGGGCAACGCCGAAGAAAGCGAUGAUGACGAGUAUAGAAGGGGCGCCUUCUUUGAUUGGUCGAGGAGCGGAAAUUAUUCCGCGAUUUUUCGUACCGGUUAAGUCGCGGCGCGCGACGGAUCCUCUGACUACGCGAGAAAAAGAAGUUAUCAACGAGCUCUUUCAAGAACUGGGAGGUCCAAUCGAUCCAAUGGAUGAGGAUUGCUUCUCUAUAUGGCAGACUUUCUGCAGCGAACAGCUGUGCGUCUCGAUGUAUUUUGCUGAUCCUAUUUUGCGUCGGAUACGUUCAUUUAACGGUGCCGAUGAAAGUGCUGCUGUGACGAAAGAGAUGUUCAUGAAAUACUGGCGAGGCCUCGGCCUUGAGCUGGGAAAAGCGUACGAGAACUUCUUUAAUAUAGUCCGUAAAGACACCAGCGAUUGCAUCGUUAAAAACGACUUCCGAGAGUUCGUUUGGGUUUUGCUGGACACCCAUCCCGGGUUGGAGUUCCUACAGGAUACGCCUGAGUUCCAAGACCGGUACACUGACACGGUGUUGUGCAGAAUAUUUUAUAGCUGUGAUUCGAAACAGUUGGGAAGAAUUUCUCUGAGAGAUAUAAAGAGAUCUCGACCGUCUCUUGUGGACACUUGGCUGGAGCUCGAUCAGUGCGAGGACAUCAACAAAAUUCGGGCGUAUUUCUCCUACGAGCACUUUUACGUUUUGUACUGUAAAUUUUGGGAACUAGAUGAAGACCAUGAUUUUCUGUUGGAUAAAGAUGAUUUAUUGAAGUACGAUGGUCACGCAUUCUCCCGCAAGGCGAUCGAUCGUAUUUUUUCCGAAAUCCCGGCCAAGUUCAUUUCCGGUAUCCCGGGGAAGAUGGGCUACGAGGACUUCUGCUGGUUCCUGAUUUCUGAUGAGGAUAAGACUACUGAUGCUUCGUUGGAGUACUUCUUCAAAUUGGUUGAUUUGGAUGGUGAUGGUGUGAUACGGGAUCAUGAGAUGGCAUACUUCUAUUUGGAACAAGUUCAGCGGCUGGAGUGUCUACAUCAGGAGGCUGUUCGGUUUCAGGAUAUACUCUGCCAGAUGAAUGAUCUUAUUUUGCCAGAAAUGGAGGGGCAGUUCGAGUUGGAAGAUUUCAAGCGCACGCGGAAGAUUUCGGGAAUCUUCUUCAGUAUCCUGCUCAGCUUGAACAAGUUCUUAGCAUACGAACAGCGAGAUCCAUUCUCANNNNGCGUGAUCGAUUGGGUUCUCCUCAGGAAUUCUGUAAUGAACACUGAUGGUGGCGAUGUGGAUGGACAGCAACGACUCCGGAAUGCGGACGGCUUCGACUUGGGGAGGGGUUGA